AUGAAGCUGACGCCCAUCAAGAUUAGAGGCCGCGGCCGCAAACAACCCUGGCAACCUCCAAAUCCGGAGCGUUUCAGGCGCAAGUACCUGGAUGGUGACGAGGACGAGUUCGACGAGGAAACUGGAGUCAUUCCAAGUCAAGUCGACAAAAAUGGUGUUAGACGACGACGUCGCGUCAAGACGAGAAAGCCAGCCGCUCUUAUCGAGCAGCUGCCGCCUGAAAUCCUUGAGCGCAUCUUCUCCAUGUCCGAGAACCUCAACUUUCCUAGGAGUAGUCUUCGCAUUGGCUACAUGCUUUCGGCCAGGACCUUCCUUAUGCAGCUGAUUGUCGAUGCCUUCUCUCCUACGUGGGACAUGUGGUUUGGCUGUCCCAGAAAGGAUAUCCAGUCAUAUAGGGGUUAUGAGAAGGAUGGUGAGAGAAUGCCUGGCAAUCCAGAUUUCCAGACCGCCAUCCUCUCCUCCAAAUGGUUCUCCCUCUCUCUCAUCCUCCACGCCCAACAAGUCUGGAUCCGGCGUCACGGCUCUGCCUUCCGCCCCUUCAUCCACACCGAGAACUGGCUCAUGCUCGGCCCCACGCGCAUGGAACUUGACCGUGACCUGAUAUCAGGUCCCCGCCCUGGUGAAAUCCAAGACUACGACAUGGAUGAUGUCCGAGAUGUUUAUCCUCACCAUCCUCACCACCGCCUGCACUUCGACGGUGACUUCGUCGACGACUCCGGUGCCCCUUCCUCGUCCCAGUCUAACACCAAACUGGACGUGGAAACCUGCUUCGAAGCCGAUUGGUCCUGGUUCACCACCAUUUUGUACAAAUCCGACCCCCAAGGAGUUAUCUAUAGCCUGGAGAAUCAUGCCUUGCGCACGGGGUACUGGGAUAUUCACCCGGCGACCAAGAUCCCUAAUCAUUUGCUGGCGAACCCGGUUGCGAGUUGGGAUUCCGUCAAGUUGCUGUAUUGGUUGGUCAGAGGUGGUGCGACGUUAUCGAGCGAGCAAACCUGGGAACUCACCAAACUCGGCUACGAACGCCUAAUGUCCCAUCCCGACCAUCCUUCUACUACCAUCACAUCCUCUUACACCCCCCAUCAUUCCACCCUCCCCACCUCUCGCCCUUACAUCCCCCACGCCAACCUCCCUCCCGACGCCCGCCGCGAUGAUCUAGAUGAGGACCAAGAGCGGGAACAAAUGUCCCUCAUCGCCCUUCGGCUCUUCUCCAUCCUGCGCGUCUUUGGCCCCAACCACUGGCCCCAUUUUCUCAUGAUCGAGAAGCUGGAGGAGAUCAGUGUGGAGCGGCAGACGCGAACUGCCUAUUCUGACUCGCAGAAGCCGGCCUGGAAGCUGUGGCUGCGCGCCCAGUCUGUUUUGCGGCAUUGGAUGCAGCAGAGGGGAGAGGAGCAUGAGGACUGA